ACUUAGCCGCCAGAUCAACUUAAUUGAUGAUCCUCUCAGCCCACAGGUAGUAGCUAAUGCACAGCGAGAGGACCCAUUGUUGAGAGAGAUUAUAUCAUACCUCCUGGAGCGUCGACCACCUAGACGAACAACUUGGAUUCUUAGGGCAUUACGGGAGGAAGUCCCGAAACAAGCCCAUGGUGCAGAAGAAGUAGCCCACCCAGGUAUCUUUAGGACGUACUGCAAACUACGGGAUCAAUAUUACUCUCCACAGAUGCUUGCAACCGUUCGCAAAUAUAUUGCCUCAUGCCAAGCCUGCCAACGCAGAAAGGGCGUUGUCGGGAGAGCACCACUUGCAGCUUUGCAAGAAGUAACCAAGCCACUUGAGAGAGUCUUGGCCGAUUUGAUUGCUAUGGCAGGGUCGUCAAGUGGCCAUCGAUACCUUCUUGUUAUCAUCGACUAUUACACCAGGUAUCUUCUCCAAGGAAGCUAA